UGCGUGUGAGUGUGUGUGCGCGUGAGAGUGUGCAUAGUGUCUGUUACCUGUGCGCCGCGAUCGCUUCACCGACGUUAUUUACAGUUCGACUCUCAUCGCGGGGACCACGUGCCAUGGCCGGCGUCGAUCUCGAUCUGUUUUCUCCGAAAAUGGACUUACGAGAAAAGUGACCCACGAUGAAAGGCGCCAUCAAGCAAAGCGAUGUUGACCAAUAGAAACGUCUUGAUAUAUUUCUGCGCGGUCGCGUGGUGCACCGCCCAAAGGCUGACCUUCGAGCAGCUUUUGCCCAACAGAAACAAUGGCAGGAAUGUCCGAAUGACGCCGGCCGUGAGCGAAGACAUCGUCAUGACGCCUGGGCCCACGGGAAUCAGGAGACAGCCGUCAUUUCCGGGAUCGAUGCCGUUCCCGUGCAAGAACAUGACGUCUCCGGGACUCGGCAGGAGCAUUGUGCGACCGACCAGCGUGCACAGGCUCCGGCCCGGUGACAUUGACGUCGUGGGAGCCAUGGGCGACAGUCUGGUGGCCGGAAACGGUGCGCUCGAAGAAUUCGCCAUGGGAACGUUGAUCGAGUACCGAGGAGUGUCUUGGGCGGCAGGCGGCGAAGCUACGUGGCGGAACUACCUGACGCUGCCCAACAUUCUCAAAGAAUUCAACCCCGGGCUGAAGGGCUAUUCCGUGGGCAAAGGCGAAUUUCUCGCGCCCAACUCUCACAUGAACGUCGCUUUCCCCGUGUCGGCUGACUUCGAUGCGUAUAGGCAGGCGCAGUUCUUGGUGAAGAAGAUGAAAAAAGACCCGGACGUGGAUUUCAAAAACGACUGGAAGCUGAUUACCAUGUUUUUCGGCGCCAACGACUUGUGUUCGGGGCAGUGUUACGACAAGGACGGCACGACUCCGUUACAGCACAGCAAGAAACUGCAAAAAGCGUUAGACUACCUCCAGACCAAUCUUCCCAGGACGUUCGUGAACCUCGUGCCCGUCCUAGACGUGUCAGUCAGCGUACGCGUGAAGAGGUCAUUCAUGUGCCAUAUGCUACACAGGUUCUUCUGUACCUGUUUCCACCAGAAGGGAGACGAAAUGGAUCAGAUCACGCAAAUGGUCCGAGAUUAUCAGACUGCCGAACAGAUUUUGAUCAACAGUGGUCGAUACAACAAAAAAGAAGACUUCACCGUGGUCAUCCAACCAUUCAUCAAACUGUUCAACGCGCCGCUGGACAAGAAGCGGCAAUUCGAAGAGGUCAUAGACAUAUCGUACGUCACUUACGAUUGUUUCCAUUUCAGUCAAAAGGGACACGCUUUAGCUGCCAAUUUGCUGUGGAACAACAUGUUGCAACCCGUCGGCACGAAAUCGGAGACAACGAUGGACUUCAUCAUGAAGGACUUCGUCUGUCCGACGCCCCGCAGUCCGUACUUAUUCACUGCCAACAAUUCGGUGCCAUUGGACUAUCGAUACGACAACAGGCUCAGAUGAACGAACAACCGCCGAACGUCGUUCCGGUCGUAAGACAUAAUAUUAUUAUUAGGCAAACGCCGAUACACACGACGUAGGUACACCAUCAUCGAUACAUGCAUAAUUUAUAAUUAUCGUUUUUAAAUUUAUUGUUUUAUACUGUGUAUACAUUAUUAUUAUUAUUUCAAAUGUUUUCUCGACGUUCUUUCAUUGUCAUUACUACUACUACUAUUAUUAUUAUUAUUAUUAUUAUUAUUAUUGUUAUUAUUUUAAGAUUUGCAUAAAAUUAAUUUACACAUGUGCACACGAGACGUGUGUACGUCACACGUCAGUCGUCGAGUUCCGAGUGUAUCCGGUUAGCUAGUAUAUUAUUAUUAUAAUAACGUUUUAGACAAUGUUUAAUAAUAAUAAUAAUUCGGACAAAUCGCAUUUCCUCCCAUCGUACAUAAUGUUAAUAUAAUAUACUGCAACGCGCGUGUUUAUCCUAUCCGUUCUGGAAUUUCUGCAGGCAGCGUUUGACGACAGAUACCAAUUAAUACCGGGUACCAUGAAGACUUCUUUUUUUUUUUUAAUCUUUAAUCGUAUUUAUAUUUUUUUCUCGUCUCACACCACACUCGUCGUCGCCAUCAUGAGUAGUUCCAGAUCACUGAAAUUACCAUAACGUAUACACGAUAAUAUUAUAAUUGUUUUUACAACGAUUUUUAUCGAUACCUAUAUUAUAACACUACAAUAAAAAACAUGUAUUAAAAUAUUAUAAUAUAGA